GUAGGGAGAAGACGUGACUUUUUAUCAGCGCACACAUUUCCAGUAAUUUAACAGGUGUAAGACCAUAUGGGUUGAUAGGUAACUAUGGCAACAACAGCUGGAAUACCCCCUGAAAUCCCAAGAAAUGAAACAGAAAAUUAUUUCCGCAUGCAACUGCUCUUAGAGUAUGCAACUGACGUGCUUCGAGAUGUUCUCAGGACUCAGCUACAAGCAGCGUAUCCAGGAUUGUUUGAUCCAAAUAAAACUGACAAACUUUUUGACGUACUUGACAAUCAACAAGUCAAACAUUCCUUUCUGUUAUUGAAAAAGAGAAAGGUAAUGAACUCGAGUCAAAUGAAACUCCUGUACCCCUCUGGCACCCCUUCAACUACUGUCACAACGCAGGACUUAGAUAUUACACUGGCAGCUGUUUUAUUACGAAACAUCACCAAUCUGAACCCUCGUGCUAAAUGGGAAAACCCACCAGCUUCCGACACCUCCAUAGAGGCCAACAUUGGUAGAGUGAAGACUUACCGCAAUAACCACAUGCAUGGAAGUCCUGGCAUCACUGACACAACAUUUCAGGCAGAGUUUAAAGACCUCAAGCACGUCCUGCUGUCACUGUCACCAAUAUAUAGCAGCGAUGACUACGACAAGCUUCUUAUUGUGCCUCUGGAUGCUAAAGGUAAUUGA